AUGGCGGCCCGUGUCCUCCUGCUCUCCUCAGCCUGCGUCGGGCACCACUCGGGCUUCCCCCUGGGGCGCCUGCUCCGCCUGCCCUUGCUGGGCGCCGCCUCCUCUGCCAGAGCCCACCUCGCCGGCUCGGCGGCCCCCGCUCCCCUCACGCCAGGGCCCGCCAGUCUCUCGCCGCAGGUCUCUGGUGUGUUCCUACAAUUAUGUCGCCAUUACACUGACCUCCCACCUCUGACGUUGGAUGGCAUCAAAGAACGGGUCCUUUACGUCUUGAAACUGUAUGAUAAAAUAGAGCCAGAAAAGCUCACAGUAGAUUCCCACUUCAUGAAAGACCUGGGCUUGGACAGCCUGGACCAAGUGGAGAUCAUCAUGGCUAUGGAAGAUGAAUUUGGAUUUGAAAUUCCUGACAUGCAGAGAAGCUGA